AUGUUACACAAUAAAUAUGGCAAAUCGAUUUAUAUUCGUCAGCAGCAAGGGAAACCAACAAUUAUUUAUUACAAAUAUUUCAAUAUAGGGAGUAUGUGCAACAAAUUUUAUUGGGAUGAAGACUAUGAUGAAUAUGAGAAAGAGGUAGUUCUCAAAACUGCGGCUCGGUUACUUAGGACAGAUAUAAAGGCCAAGCAAUAUAAUGUAGAGAGUUUUCCACCAGCCACGCAAUUUCUUGAUGACAUUGAUAAGGACGUUCCUGAUUCACUCCGAUAUUUCCUUAGUGCAUUGAUUGAAAACGCACAAAGUGAUGAUUAUCUUGUGAAGAGAAAGAUUAUUUCACAUUCCAUAAUUUCAGCAAUUCGUUCUCGCACAUUCAUUUCAACAUUGCAGUUAACAGGUGGUACUUAUAUUUAUAGGAAGACUGGCUCAAGGCAAAUUAUCGAUAUGUUAGAUCAAAUGGGUGUCUCUGUGUCAUAUCACCAUUUGCAACAAUACGAAACGUCUGUUAUAUUAAAUCCACCUGACAUGACCAUUGAAGAUGGGGUCCAUGUUCAGCACGUAUUCGACAACACGGAUCAUAAUGUCGGCUCGUUAGAUGGCCAUUAUACGUGCCACUGCUUGGGUGGCAUUGCGAUUUACACCCCUGGGAAAUGA